UGACCCUGUUAGUCAAAAACUAAAGCAGUACUUAUGAUACUUGUCAGGGUCUUGGGCACAGCAGAUAAGAUCAGAUGGUCAAAACAGCGCAUGGUCAAUGUCGAUAUGAUAUCGUGGUUGCACUCUGUGGAGAGGAAACCCAGCACGGAGAAGGAAUUGUGAUUGCGGCAUGCGGAGUACAGUAAUGUCCCCCAUGCACCACCAGAGAAACGAGGUCGAAGUGUAUGACAGGUGCACGUUUCUUGAGCAAGCAUAACCACAAUGAACGACAACUGUGCGUAAGAAGAUCAUUAUGGGGAGCGGGGAGGAGAUGUACGAGGCUUUAUACGUGUCCCGCGUUUGAUAUUUCUGGAAGACCAGAAGAAAGCCUUCGACACAUCAGCUCCUCGUGGCCAAGGGGACAACCAACGUUCUCGCAUUAUUGUGUCUUGCAAGUCCAAAUCGUGCGCUGUAGGCCUCUGCCCUUGGCGGGCUUUAAUCUUAUUUCAACCAAAGACGGUGAGCGAGUCCUGGCACCGACCCCAGAGACAAGAACAUGGAGAAGCGAGGAAUCAACCUGGAGGACACGGUCAACGAAGACGUCAUGCGAUGAGCCUCUCACAAGAGCGGUAAACAAACACGAGAUUCAAUACCAAGUCGAGUCUGUUGCGAUGCGACUCAGGUCUUCGAUGAUCUUCCUUUCGCUAGAUGAGUUGUUUGAUGAGUGACUCCACUCAAGAUCUCCGGAGAAGCAUCCACCUGUCAUUUCAGAUCUCACCAGGGGAAGCAUCCAGGGGGGCAGGUCAUGAGCUUGUAAACGUCGAGCUAUACCAUCGUGAUACUGAGUACCAUUUCGAUUAUCUCUCCUAACCAACGGUCGUGGAGUAAAGAGUUCCAUGUUGGU